AUGCGAUCGGAAGUAACAAACGAAGACAGUUUGACGGAGGAAUGGAGCUCAAAGGAGGCACACUCGAGUAAAACCCCUCGCAGAACAUCUCGUCGUAUCGAGAGACACAACCUGAGAGCCUCGAAAUCGUCUCGUGUGAGUACGCCGAGGGAGAAAACCCUCAGGAGACUGGAGAGUAACGAGCGCGAGAGAAUGAGGAUGCACAGUCUCAAUAACGCAUUUCAGAGCCUGAGGGAAGUUAUUCCACAUGUCAGCAAGGAGAGGCGUCUCUCCAAGAUCGAAACUCUCACAUUGGCUAAGAAUUAUAUUGUCGCGUUGACCGACGUCAUCUGUGCCAUGAGGAGUGAUGAUCAGGAAGGGCAAACACAAAAAAUUAAUAAGGAAGUUGGGGAUUUAAAUAAUUGCCUAAAUAUCAACACUCCGAAUUCGUCCAGGGCCUCCACUCCAGAGUUGCAGAGCUCCAGCGAGGAGAACCUUGCUAAUUCCAUGUGGAACGAUAGCUCGAGCAGGUCUGCUGGUCUCUGA